UACAGCUUGAGUUUCAGUGACAGGCUCUGCAGUAUGGACAGGAACUAAUGGGUCUCUAUAGAUCUUUAACUGUGAAAUAUAUUGACUAAAUGCAGGGGUAAAUGUGACCAUGUCGAGAUUUGGAUAAUCAGCCUACAAAGGUUGUUGUCAGGAAUGCCUCAGUUGCCAGGUGCUGAAUUACAGACAUAUCUAGUUUCAUUUCAUUUCAGAAAGGUUACGUUUUUAUUGCACUAAAAUGUAUUGCACGGAGAGUAGAGUGGUGGAAAACAACAGCCAAGGAUCAGAAGGGAAACAACUCUAUUAUGGUUCUGCCAUGAAACAAAUUAAGGAAGAGACAGAAUACGUUAAAAAGAUGCGAAUUACAUUACAGAAUAUGCGACAACAGCUAUUUGGAAAUGAAGGUGAAGUGGCUGACAAUCAACAAGCUCAAGAGUUGAAGAGGCCAAUGUUGGAAUCACCUGGAGUUAAUGAAGCUGAGACAUGUGUGGCUGAGCUGUGUUCUAAAUAUCGUCAGAUCCUGGAACAGAUCAAAAUAAAGGAUGCCCAACUCCGUGCUAUUCAGUGGGAAAACAAAGAGCUAUUAACAAAGCUGGAGGCCAGUCAAGAAGCAGGAGCUGCAGCACUUCGGAAAGCCUCACAAAAACUUUUCGAAAAUUACCAAAAGCAGAUGGAUGAACUAAGACAACGACAUGAUGAAGAGAAGCACAAGUUACAGACUUUUGCUGAGGAGCAGGAACAAAGUUUGAAGAGAAAUGUGGAAAAUUACAAUAACCUGGUCUUACAACUUCAGCAGAAACAGAAUAGAGCCACGGAACUGGAAAAACUAAUAGAGAGGAUGGAGAAGGAGAAGAAAGAGUUGAUAGGAAGGAAGCAGUCUAUGGAAAAUAACAUGGAAUGGAAGAGUUCUACUUCUAUGGAUGUUCCCGAUGGCUCAUCGAGGUUUCAGGACCUUCAGCUAGAAGUUUCUACGCUACAAGAAAAGAUAUUUCAUCUGGACAGUGUUGUCACCCAACAACAUCGAAACCUCUACAGUGUAAUAAAUACGAUUGAAAAUUUGAAAAUGAAGUUGUCAAAACAGGAUCAAAUUAUACUCUCUCUGAGGGAACAAGUUGGCAUACUUGAAGCAGAGAACAAAGAACUGAAAUAUAAAACAGACGUUUACUCUGAAAAGCAAAACAAGAAUGCCUCACCAGUAUCCUCUGUCAGUCAUGAAUCUGCUCGAAACAAAACCCCAUACCAAAUGUUAAUGAAGUGGAAAAAGAAAAGUGACUGAACAUGGAUCAGCUGCUUCUGUACAGCAGAGUGUUUACCACAGCAGGGCUGUUCAGAAGAGAGCUUGAUGUCUCUGCAUACGGAACCUGCCUUCCAGCUGCCCUGGGACCAAACAAGCAUCACAGGAUGAAGAGCAAAAAUCAAAUUUGUCUGAAACUGGACUCGACGAAGAAAAGGUUUCAUGCCUGAGUCUGUGGUCUUUCAGAUACAUUUCAUGUUAAGAAAUAAAAUGCUGUAAAUGAAAAAAAGAGGAAUGUUGAGGCGAUGAAAUAAAAAUGUUCUAUGAGGUGCAGCUUAGAAGAUUGAUGAUGAUACAACUUUUAUUCAAGCAUUGUUAUGAAAACAAGUCUUUUCUGUACUGCGUCAUUUAAAGUCUCUUAGCGCAUUAUCAUAUGAUUUACUGCUUUGCAGAUCACAUUAUUGUGCCGAGCCAGCAGCAGAUAGUUUUAAACAAUGCUACAUGCCCAUUUUAAUUUUUAAUUGAGGUAGCAUGGGCAGAAUUAAACAUGUACAGGGUAAUUUGCU